AUGAAGGGCUUGCUAACCCCCGACCUCCCGCCUCCGCGGUCGCAAGGCCGCCGGCUCGCGCACCUCGGCCUUUUACUCCUGCUCACCGUCUUCUUCAUCAUCUACACACCCAUCGUGCGAUUCGCAAACCGUGGCCAUGGGCGCGGAUGGAUCAGCAGCGUCGCGGGGCGAUACGCAGACGACCCCCGGCAGUGGUGCAAGCUGGCCGAUGCCAUUGCGCCGCCCGACGACGACGGCCUUAAACCCGGCGACCGCCUCCUGAGCGACGAGCAGCGCCGCAUCCAGGUAGAGCGGUUGGCUGAUGCGGUGGCUAUCGCGACGCAAAGCUUUGACGACAAUGGGGACGUGGAUGAUGACCCGCGAUGGGCUUCGUUUGGCGAGUUUCACGAUGUUCUGGAGCAGACGUUUACGCUCGUGCAUUCCCGUCUCGAGCUCAAAAAGAUCAAUCGCUACGGUCUGCAAUACACCUUCCGCGGCAGCGACCCGUCCCUCAAGCCGAUCCUCUUCAUGGCGCACCAGGACGUCGUCCCCGCCGGCGACGCGUCCAAGUGGAAGUACCCGCCCUUCGAGCCGCACUACGACGGGCAGUUCCUCUGGGGCCGCGGCUCGACCGACUGCAAGAACGUGCUCAUCGGGCUGCUGUCCGUGAUGGAGGACCUCCUCUCGCAAGACUUCCACCCCCGGCGGACCAUCGUCUUCGCGUUCGGCUUCGACGAGGAGACGGGCGGGAAGCGCGGCGCGGCCAAGCUGAGCGAGUCGCUGAUCGAGGAAUGGGGCAGGGACUCGUUUGCGUUCGUGCUCGACGAGGGCGGCAUGGGCACCGAGACGCUGGGCGACGUGCUGUACGCGUACCCGGCCGUCAGCGAGAAGGGCUACCACGACAUCCUCCUGUCGCUCGACGUGCAGGGCGGGCACAGCUCACGCCCGCCGCCGCACUCUGCCAUUGGAGUUGUGGCCGAGUUCAUCACCGAGGUCGAGCGCGAGCCGUACACGCCGCGGCUGACGCGCGAGAGCCCGUUCCGCAGGGUGCUCGAGUGCAAGGCCAAGCACUCGCCGCGCGACGUCCAGCCGUGGCUAAAGGAGGGCCUGCAGCGCUGGGACGAGAGGAAAAUCGCAGAGAGGCUCGCCCCGCAGAUGCCUGAGGACCGGUGGCUGAUGCAGACGAGCCAGGCCGUGGACGUCAUCACCGGGGGCGUCAAGGCGAAUGCCCUGCCGGAGCACGUCGAGCUGCUCAUCAACCACCGCGUGGCGCAGCACGAGUCUGUCGAGUUCGUCAACAAGCGGCUCGACAAGGUGAUGGAGAAGAUUGCACGCAAGUACGGCCUCGACGUGCGCGACGCCAACGACGGAAGAGGUCAAACGAGUAACGACACGGCGUUGAAGGGCUCCAUUGGGUACAAGGGCGUACAGACGCUGCCGCCCGCGCCGCUGUCGCCUACAGAUAACGAUGUGUGGGCGCUGUUCAGCGGCACGCUGCGGCACGCGUUCGCGUCGAUACCGGAGGGUAAGGGCCGGACGGUGGUGCCCGUGGGGAAUAUCAUGACGGGCAACACGGACACGACGCACUACUGGGACCUGACGCGCAAUAUCUACCGGUAUACGCCGUCGCGGAGCGGGACGCGGCUGAAUGCGCAUGGGACGGACGAGCGGAUGGACAUGGCGGCGCAUCUGGAGGGGAUGAGGUUCUACUAUGACUUGAUCAGGAACUUUGACCGAUGGCAGGGGUAG